CAACCAAUGACAACGCAUCUUGCUCAACCCACGUAUCAAAACAUGGACACGGGCCAUCUCCACGCCCAGGACGUGGAAUCGGUACAAAAGAGAGGAUGGUGGCAACGCCUCUUUUCUGUGGUAACAUGUGGUGCAUGCUCGUGCUCAUGAACCUAUGCUUCUGCUUCCUUGCCCUGAGGCGUGACGACGCGUUGAAAUCCAUUCCAUGCUUGAUGAUGAUACCCUACAAGCAAACAAAUGCUUCAGAAAAUCCUAUUUUUUCUUCCUUCUACCCUUUUUUUUUUUUUGUUCCUUUACUGAUUAAUUGGCUAUACAUAUACAAUACUUGGAUUAUUUUAUUGUAUGACGGACCUUACCUAUGGCAGGUGGCAUAUGACAUAUAAACUUUAUGCGACAAACUAAAAACGAUCGGUUAUCCAAGCAUAUUACUGCGAUCUCCUUGACUAUUUUCCAGGAAUUAUUAAAGAAACGACCUUACUGGGGUAUUCAGAUCCUCAUAGUAGGCUCAUGCUAGUCUAUCUUUGACACCUCGAUGCCGAUAUCUUAG